ACAUGCAGUCCCUAUUCUUGAUCAGUUUACUCUUCGGCUUGGCUUGGUCCUCGCCGGAAUCGCAGCUGGCGCCCACAUCCCCGGCACCAGGAAACGACACCUCCGACGAAGCCGAGAUACCCGCCUUCUCGCCCUUCAGCCUGCGCGACGGCAGGUUUGCCAUAGGCGCCUUCGCCAAGGUGAACUGGUUCCAGGCCCAGGCCACCUGUGCCGCCUACGGGUACACGCUGGUGAGCAUUACGUCCGAGCAGGACCAGCGCAGCCUGCGCAACUUCCUCUUCGAGUACGCCCGAAACCAGCAGGAGCUCCUUGCCGAUCCGCUCUGGACCUCCGGCACGGACCUGGCCAGCCCGAACAACUGGGUCUGGUUCAGCAAGGGACGGGCCCUCAACUACCGCAACUUCCAGAAUGGACUGCCCGGCUACUCCAGCGAUGGCCGGCAGUGCCUGGGUAUCAACGGAAUCAACGGACUGUGGGUGAACGAGGAGUGCGCGGAACAGCGCUACUUCAUUUGCGAGAAGCGCUGUCAGUUCGACGACGACGUUUAGUACCUCAAAUGACGAAAUAGGUCCAAAAACGUUUGGUGUUGGUUUAUUAAAAUAGCAGCCAAAUGUGUGCAAGCAAAAACAAAAA